CCUCCUCCUCCUCCUCCUCCUCUAGGCCUCAAGAGAACAGGAAAAAGCUGCAGAUUGAGAUGGCUAAACUACUUAAAACCAGACAUCAAGCGUGGGAAUUUCACCCCUCAAGAACAGCUCAUCAUCCUUGAACUCCAUUCCAAGUGGGGCAACCGAUGGUCAAAGAUUGCACAACAAUUACCCGGAAGAACAGAUAAUGAAAUAAAGAAUUACUGGAGAACAAGGGUAGAAAAACAAGCAAAACAACUAAACAUUGAAUCAAACAGCAAGAAAUUCUUGGAGACAGUUCGUGAUUUGUGGAUUCCAAUGUUGCUUCAAAAAAUGGACCAAAAACCAUCAUCACCAAGCUCCUCAAACUUCAGUCCUCUAUCUUUAGGAGAAACUUUUUAUCAAAACUCAUGUGAUUCAUCCUCAUCAGAACACACCAUUGAAGCCAAACAGAACUCAAAUCAGAGCUGUGGAGGAUAUUAUCAAUGGCCAGAAUCAUAUGCAAGGGUUUCAGAAGAGUUUGGGAAUAAUUCUGAUGUGCGGAAUAAUAAUAAUGGUGGGUUCCUUCAGAUGGACCAAUUAUAACUACAAUUACAACACCCAUUUUCUUUGUUGGGUGCUACCUGUGGAGGUGCAGAGUUUGAUGGGCAUAUGGUUGCAUCUGAUUGGGUGUUCCAGGAUGAUGUGUCAGAGACCUUCUGGAAUUUCUAGAGUAAAUUAAUACACAGGUUCUCUCAGUCUCGAUACAUCCUUUACUCGCAAAAGAAAAAAAAACUAUAUUAAAAAAUUAUUAUUUUUCA